UAGGUCUGUUGCGUUAGACGUUCACAAUGAAAUGCGGAAGAUGGCCGAGAAAGAGUACUUCUUAAAUCAAACCCAAAAGGAUAUUUUUGUUCAUGUGUUACGUGAAAUAUGCAAAGAUUUGGCUGAAGAAGAAAUGUGCGAAGUACGAGACAAAUUGCAAUACACAAAGAGUUUGUGGAGUACUAUCUUUAAAAACGAUAUACAGAAUGAAAUCAGAUCUGUUGCGUCAAACGUCCAUGAAGAAAUGCAAAUGAUGGCCGCAAAAAGGAAGUUUUUAAUUCGAACUCAACAGGACAUAUUUGCCGAAAUAUGUGCAUCUGUAGCACAAGAAACUUGCAUAGAUAUUGCGGAGGAAAUUAUGUCUGAAGUUGAAUACAAAUUGCAGUGUUCACGGCCGGUGCAAAAUGAAAUUCUUGAACACGUUACACGGUCAGAAAUCAGGUAA